AUGUCUGAUUCUUGGACUGACCUAAAGAAGAGGUCUUGGGUCAAUGUGAUGGCUCAUUCUCCUGGUGGGGCUGUAUUCCUGAAGUGUAUUGAAUGUGGUUCAAAUAGUAUUACUGCGGGAUAUCUUUCUAGAGAAAUAUCUGAUGUUAUUGAAAUGGUUGGACCACAACAUGUUGUGCAAUUUGUUUUAGAUAAUGGUGUUAACUAUAAUUGUUGUGGUGAUAUGUUGAUUGGAAAAUGGUCUCAUAUGUAUCGGACAAAUUGUGCUACACAUGGGAUUAAUUUACCUUUAAAGGAUAUCUAUAAGUAUGUUAAAUGGGUGAGGAAAAUUAUUGAUGGUGGUGAACAUGUAUUGGAUUAUAUGCACAGGCACACAGCUGUUAUAGCCUUAAUGAGGGAAUUUAAAAAUGACAAAGCGAUUAAGCAACCUUGCAAGAUAAGGUUUGCUACUAAUUUUUUAAUGCUCCAAUCUCUUAUUGACAAGGCAAAGGAGGUUAUUGCUUUUAUAGAUCCUCUCAUUAGGAUUCUUUGCAUUGUUGAUUCAGAUGGUUCCACUGCAUGUUACUUGUAUGAAGUAACUGUUAGGGCAAAUGAAAAAUUAAAAAUUUUAAAAGAGAGUGAUGGAGUAAAGUACUUUACCAUAUUGGAUUUGUUUGAUAUAAGGAUGGAAAAGAAUAUAAUUCAUCAUGUUCAUGUGCUUGCUGCAGCUUUAAAUCCUAAUAAUUUGUUUGAUGGUGGACUUUUUAUUGAGACAAGUACAGUUGUGCAAGCUCAAGAACGUAUUGUGGCAACCAUGGUUCCUCUAGAAGAUUGUGAGCAAUUCAUUGCAAAAAUGGUUGAGUAUCGAAUGAGGAGCCCAAAUUUGUUCAAUAUCACGGGAAAGUCUUUAAUGAAAACUAACCAUCCAAGUAGGUCUGAAUAUAUGGGUGGUUAUCUUCCUAUGGUUCAAAAGGUUGCUUGCAAAAUCUUAAGCCAACCUUGUAGUUCCUCUUAUUGCGAGAGGAAUUGGAGUGUUUGGGAUGCAGCACAAACAAAGAAGAGGAACAGAUUAACUUCAGAAAUGUUAGAAGAUUUGGUAUACAUUAGAAUGAAUUCUUUGAUGAAGGAGAAGUAUGAAAGCCAAGCAAUUCAGGAUACAAAACCUAUUGACCUAGAGAAACAUUGUGACUUGCCUGAUGUAAACAUUGAGUUGGAGACAGAGAGACUUGAAGAGACAUAA